AUGCCAUACGAAAGCGCCAAGCUCUACUUGGUUCGAGUGCGCCAAGAGCAUUUAAUGGGGCAAAAGGGCAAGCUUUCCACUAUUGCUCAAACUGGUACAUGCUUUGGAAACCCGAAAGGUCAAAUUGUCGUGAAAUAUAAGAAUUCCUUGUUGGGUUUUUCGUUUGUGAACUACGUGUCUCUAAAUCGUGUACACUACUCGUUUUUCCGCCAAGUACUCCGUGUUAUCAUUGCACUUUUGGUCGUGUCUACCGCAACGUUCACAUUCAUGUUCAUGGAAUUACUACCCGGUGGAGAGCUGUUCGAACGGAUUCCAAUCGGUGUCGGAUUGCAUGUACAACAAAUGUUCAUCUACUAUGCUCAGAUUUUGGAUGCGCUCAAUUAUCUUCACAAGGAACAGUUUAUUGCUCAUUUGGAUGUGAAACCCGAGAACAUAAUGCUCACCAAAAAAGAUCGUGCGAAACUGAUCGAUUUUGGUUGGGCGGUUGAUCUACGAAAGACUAAUUUCAUUCAAGGCCCAGUGGGAACCACAAACUAUGCUGCUCCGGAAGUAUUUGGCAAAGGCUCCUACUUAGGUCCUCCGGCAGAUCUGUUCUCACUGGGUGUGACUUUGCUGACUGCCGUCACUGGACAGCGUUGUUGGACUCGUGCAAACCCACGGGUGGACGCUGUUUAUUCACAGUGGGUGGAUCGGCGCAAUCUUCACUCUGGUCCUGUUUUUUCUCGUCUACCUCCGGAUUUAGCCAAUUUCCUCACUCGAGCUUUGGCUCAUCGACCGAGCGAGCGGCUAACUGUGGACGGAAUUCGUGCCCAUCCCUGGUUUCGUCGUGGCCUGGCAAGGCGUCUCACUCCGGUCGCUCCCCCGAUCUCAUCAGCUACAGAUGCAUUAUCGUUGCGAAACCGGUCUGACGCUCCCGGAAAUCUUCCACUGAUUCGACUAACAUCUUCAUCUAAUAGGAUAUUCGUGUUCAAUAUACUACUUGUUGACCGCACUCUGAUAGGCAAUUUAGUAUUUGGUAAGUUGCCAAGAUCCUUUGAAUAG